UCUAAGGUCCGCAAGGCUCUGCGUAGCACGGAAGCGUACGAAAACUUCCUUCGCUGCCUGGUUAUUUUCAACCAGGAGGUGAUCUCCCGGGCUGAGCUCGUGCAGCUCGUGUCUCCAUUCCUGGGGAAAUUCCCAGAAUUGUUCACUUGGUUUAAAAACUUCCUGGGGUAUAAAGAGUCUGUUCACAUGGAGACGUACCCGAAGGAACGGGCUACCGAGGGGAUUGCCAUGGAGAUAGACUAUGCCUCCUGUAAAAGGCUGGGCUCCAGCUACCGAGCCUUACCCAAGAGCUACCAGCAACCCAAGUGCACGGGGCGGACUCCGCUGUGUAAGGAGGUUUUGAAUGACACCUGGGUCUCCUUCCCGUCCUGGUCCGAAGACUCCACAUUCGUGAGCUCCAAGAAGACGCAAUACGAAGAGCACAUCUACAGGUGCGAGGAUGAGCGUUUCGAGCUGGAUGUUGUCUUGGAGACCAACCUGGCGACGAUCCGCGUCCUUGAGGCAAUCCAAAAGAAACUCUCGCGCCUGUCUGCCGAGGAGCAGGCCAAAUUCCGGCUGGACAACACUCUGGGUGGCACUUCGGAGGUGAUCCACCGCAAGGCUCUCCAGAGGAUAUAUGCUGACAAGGCAGCCGACAUCAUCGAUGGACUUCGGAAGAACCCAUCCGUGGCUGUUCCCAUUGUACUGAAAAGGUUAAAGAUGAAAGAAGAAGAGUGGCGAGAAGCCCAGAGAGGAUUUAAUAAAGUCUGGCGAGAGCAGAAUGAGAAGUAUUACCUGAAAUCCUUGGACCACCAGGGCAUCAACUUCAAGCAGAAUGAUACCAAGGUCCUGAGGUCAAAGAGUCUCCUCAAUGAGAUUGAGAGCAUCUACGACGAGAGGCAAGAGCAGGCUUCGGAAGACAAUGCUGGAGUCCCCACAGGCCCACACCUAUCACUAGCCUAUGAAGACAAGCAGAUCCUGGAGGAUGCUGCCUCUCUCAUCAUCCACCACGUGAAGAGGCAGACGGGAAUCCAGAAAGAGGACAAGUACAAAAUCAAGCAGAUCAUGUAUCACUUCAUUCCAGACCUGCUGUUUGCUCAGCGAGGCGAACUCUCGGAUGUGGAAGAGGAGGAAGAAGAGGAAAUGGAUGUGGACGAAGCUACUGGGGCUGCAAAAAAGCACAACGGUGUUGGGGGCAGUCCUCCCAAAACCAAGCUGAUGUUCAACAACACGACGGCCCAGAAGCUGCGGGGCAUGGAUGAGGUCUACAACCUCUUCUACGUGAACAGCAACUGGUACAUAUUCAUGCGGCUGCAUCAGAUCCUGUGCUUGCGGCUGCUGAGGAUCUGCACCCAGGCCGAGCGGCAGAUCGAAGAGGAGACGCGGGAAAGGGAGUGGGAGAGGGAAGUGCUGGGCAUAAAGCGAGACAAGAGCGACAGUCCUGCCAUCCAGCUGCGACUGAAGGAGCCUAUGGACAUCGACGUUGAGGAUUAUUACCCGGCCUUCCUGGACAUGGUGCGCAAUCUCCUGGAUGGGAACAUGGACUCGUCGCAGUACGAGGACUCCUUGCGCGAAAUGUUCACCAUUCACGCCUACAUCGCCUUUACCAUGGACAAGCUGAUCCAGAGCAUCGUCCGACAGCUCCAGCACAUAGUGAGCGACGAGAUCUGCGUGCAGGUCACAGACCUCUACCUGUCGGAGAACAGCAACGGGGCGACGGGAGGUCUUCUCGCUUCCCAGUCUUCCCGUACUCUUCUGGAGGCCGCGUACCAGCGCAAAGCCGAGCAGCUCAUGUCGGAGGAGAACUGUUUCAAGCUGAUGUUCAUUCAGAGCAGAGGUCAAGUUCAGUUAACCAUUGAACUGCUGGACACAGAAGAGGAGAACUCUGACGACCCUGUAGAAGCAGAGCGCUGGUCGGACUACGUGGAGCGGUACGUCAACUCCGAUUCUACCUCCCCCGAGCUCCGGGAGCACCUGGCCCAGAAACCGGUCUUCUUGCCGAGGAAUCUGAGGCGGAUCCGUAAGUGUCAGCGUGGUCGGGAGCAGCAGGAGAAGGAAGGGAAGGAGGGAAACAGUAAGAAGUCCAUGGAGAACGUGGAGAGCUUGGACAAGCUGGAGUGUAAAUUCAAACUGAACUCCUAUAAGAUGGUGUACGUGAUCAAAUCGGAGGAUUACAUGUACAGGAGGACCGCUCUGCUGCGAGCUCAGCAGUCCCACGAAAGAGUGAGCAAGCGGCUGCACCAGCGGGUCCAAGCCGAGACAAACAAGUGGCUAAUGGGUGAAGGGUUGGAGGGCUUGGUGCCCUGCACCACCACCUGUGACACAGAGACCCUGCACUUUGUGAGCAUUAACAAGUACCGCGUCAAAUACGGCACGAUAUUCAAGACGCCAUAA